AUGAGAUAUUUGGACCUGACUCUCGACAGUCACUGGACAUUCGGCGCUCACUUCGAGCGUCUAAUACCGUCAGUCGAGGAGACGGCGAACGCCUUAGGAAGUUUGCUGCCUCGGCUAGGCGGCCCCGGUGUUAGAGUGCGUAGGCUGUACGCCAGCGUGGUGCGAGAAAAGCUCCUCUACGGAGCUUCGAUCUGGGCAGAGGACGUGGUGACUAACAGUCGCAAUCUUCGAGCGAUCAGGAGGCUGCACAGGGCGGUGGCCAUCAGAAUAACGAGGGUUUUUCGCACCAUUUCGGCGGCGGUGCUCGCCGGGCUUCCCCCGUUCGAGCUGCAGGCCCUGAGGUGUCGCGAGAUUUAUCUCCGCACUCGGAGUCUGCUGGGCGGAGUUGGUGCGAUGGACGCCAACGCGGAAGCACAAGCUCGGCGGGAACUGCUCGGAAGAUGGCGCGCCGGCCUCGACACAAGAACGGGCGCGUCGAGGCUAAGGGACCUCGAAGCCGUACUGCCAAACUGGGACGUUUGGUUGGACGGAGACGCACCUCCCUUGACCCACAGGGUGACGCAGCUGCUCACAGGACACGGGUGUUUCGGUGAGUAUCUGCCCCGAAUCGGGAAAGGGGCGACCGCGCAUUGUCACCACUGCGGUGCAAGAGUGGACUCGGCGCAGCACACGCUGGAAAAUUGCCCGACAUGGGCGGCGCCGCGCCACUCUCUCACCGGGGAAAUAGGAUACGACCUCUCGCCGCCGGCCAUUCUUGAGGCAUUGCUAACGAGCGAGAGAGGCAGGAAUGCCGUAGCCUCUUUCUGCGAGCUAGUUAUACUGCGGAAGGAUGUAGCGGAGCGGGUGAGGGAGCGGGAUUUCCAUCCCGAGAGGAUCGGCUGA